GAAAAAGGGCGAACGAUAUCUUGAGCAAUCGAGUGCCGGAUGAAUGAUGGAAGGGGAUCGAGAAUUCAACGUGCGAAGGUAUUCGACUUCCAAUAGAAACUGGCAGCGUGAAAGUUAUCGGGUCCGCGGCGGAAAGCGAAGAAAACGGAGGCGGAAACCUUGGGGUGAGAGGAUCGUGGACUGGACCAGGGCUCUGAUCGCUUUCCUCUUCAGCAAUGUUGGCAUAGUAUGCUUGGUGGUCGGUUACACUAUAGCCGGUGCCUUCCUCUUCACCCAUAUCGAAGGUAGAAACAACCUGGACAUAGUUGGAGACGUGAUCAGGCUGAGAAAUGUGACAGCUGCCACUCUCUGGGAACUUACCUCUAAGGAGAAUGUGUUUUCCGAGAGAAUCUGGAAAGCGAAAGUGAAGGCGAUCCUCGAGAAUUAUCAGAAGAAAAUGGUAACGGCUAUAAAAAAUGGCUACGAUGGCGCUGAAGAAAAUAAAAGAUGGAGCUUCGCCGGGGCGUUUCUCUAUUCCCUUACUGUGAUUACCACGAUCGGUUACGGAAACAUUUGUCCAAAGACGAAAUGGGGCAAAGUAGUGACCAUAGUAUAUGCCAUAAUAGGCCUGCCACUUUUCUUGCUCUAUCUAAGCAACAUCGGUGACAUUCUCGCAAAGAGCUUCAAAUGGACCUAUGCUCGCUGCUGCCUGUGCAAAUGUCGCAGAAGACCAAUAGAAAUAGCAUCAAGAGGAAGUUUGCAAAAUGGUGUCGAUAUAAGGAGAAAUCAUUGGCAAAUGGUUGACAUGCAUGGAAAGGAGAUUGACUCGAUUAGUGUAGAUAAGGAAGUUUCGAUAGAGAAUGAUGAAUCGAAAGAAGAUGACGAGAGUUACGAUCCACAACGUGUUACAGUGCCUUUGACGCUCUGCAUCGCCAUAAUGGUCGGGUAUAUUUGGGGCGGAGCCAUUUUAUUCUCCGAAUGGGAAGACUGGAAUAUGUUGGACGGUUCUUAUUUCUGCUUCGUCUCCUUGUCGACCAUAGGUUUCGGCGACAUCGUGCCAGGUGACAAAAUCUACGCGGCCCAGGGUCUCGAUUUAUCCUUCAUCUUCUGCUCCAUGUAUCUAAUGCUUGGUAUGGCGUUGAUCGCAAUGUGCUUCAACCUGAUGCAAGAAGAAGUGAUCGCAAAGGUGCGCGCAUUCGUGCGUACCGUUAAAUAUAUAUUCCGAUGCGACAGGUGACCAUAACGAGCCUCAGCCACGUUUCUGCGCUUCUGCAACAUCCGGUUGUGCAUUUCGUGUUUUAAUAUAACUAAGCAAGAAGAUAGAAAAGAUAAUAGAUAAUUAGAAAUAAAAAGCAUAUUAUAUAAAAAAAAUAUAUUAAAAAAAGAUAUAUAUAUAUCACUUUUUAAAAUUUAUAAAUCCAUAAAUUUAUUUUUAAAAAGAUAAGGUAAAGAUAAUCGAAAUAUAAUUUUUUGAGAAGAAAAUUUUUUUUUCUUUUUUUAACAUACUUUCAUCAAAUUUAACGAACUUUUAAGAGGUUAAGUACCAAGAAAGUGGUCAGUGGAAAGUCUCGAUUCGAAUAAACUUUCCUAUUUUCCAAGGAAAGAAAGAAAAAGAAAAAAAAAAGAUUUUGAAACGAUGUCUCGAGAAUUGCAGACGAAUCAGCGAAUAUCACGAACUUUCGUUAGACAACGUCGUCUUUUUCGGCUAUUAAAGACUGCUUUGGAGGAGACAUAGCCCCGGGUGGAGUCGCUUUAACGCCAACUACGAAACUCUUCUUCGAAGGAAUUAGGUAUUAGUGCAUCUUUAGGACGAGCAUACAGUAACUCUGUCGAGGAAAAUAAGCAUAAGCUUUCAGAGAAAGCGGUCCACCGUUUCAAGAGGAUAUUCUACUAUCGCUGUACACAUAAGUACGUAUAUCCACACAAUAUUCGAGAGGCUUAAUGAACGAGUGAUACGUAAAAAGUCUUAGGCUACUUACCGAACAAGAAUGUUUCAUUUUUCUGAACAAAGAUAUCUCUUUUAAAGAAAUAUUAAAAGAUACACAAAUCCAACAAUUAAAAGACACAUACAAGAUUUAUAUUACAAUUAUUAUUUAUAUUACAAAUAUUAGAUAUAAUUUCUUCUUGAAUUUCUAUAAUAUUAAUACAAAAAUAUUUUAUGAUCAAAAAAAAAAAUCAAAUAACUUAAAAUCAGGCAAAUCUCUUCUUUUUUCUGAAAAAUUUAUCUUUUGGCAUUUACAAAUGUUUCCUUCAAGGAGCCUUCAAUUUAUGAUACAAAAACAAUGUAUCUCGUUCGAAAAAGAAUUGGGGAAAAGAAUAGGCCGAAAUGGAAUUUGUAACAAACAAAAUCGCAAAAGUGGUUGGAAUUGUUGAAAUUCAUGGUUGUUGAAUGGAGGGAAUUUGCCAGUGAAGAGAGAUGCGGCGCGAAAAUUAUGAUUCUAUCGGGAAGAUUGACGCGACGUCUGUUACGCAAACAGGGAACGGAAAAGGUGAUUUUCGUUUUCCUUUCUUCUAUCUUUCUCUUUUCCCCUCUUCCCAUCCUUACUCCCCCUCCGGAAAAAAAUUUGAAAGGGUGGAGAGCAUGAAAGGGAUAGAAAAUAAAGGGACCACAAUCGUCGAAGGUACAAAGACGAGUUCUUUGAAAUUCCAACGCCUAGCUUCGUUGAGAAGAAAAAAAAAAUAAAAAAAAAGGAAAAAAAAAGAAAGAAAAGGAAAAAACACCAUGUAGGCACUUGGAACGGAGAGAAAAAGAGGAAAAUAGAGAAUUACCUUGUAUUACAGGACGUUAUAUUUCGGCGGAAACUUUUUUCGUUCGCCCCAUUUUUUCAACAAUUAAUUCUUCAACUCUCUUCUUCCAGUUUAAUACAACAGCGAUUGUCAUCGAUUUUGUUAUUAUCUCUUUAUUUUUUAACAGGGCAAAUAAGAUAUUUGUCACGAUCGUUGAUAUAUAAAAUUUGAUAAGAAAGAUAAUAAGUAAUUUAUAAUUUAUAAUAAGGUAAAAUAACAUUUGAGAAUGUGAACUUAAAUAGAAAAUAAGUGAAAAAUGUAGAGAAAACUUCUUAAAGAAUUAUCGCAAGAAAUGGAAGUUUGCGCAAGUAAGGUCAAUUAUUUUCGAGAUUCUUUUUUUUAUAGAUUUUUCGACGUUUACUAAAGUUCCUUUCACAAAUCUAAUUUAGAUCUUCGUUAGAACUUUACACUUUGAAACUUUGAAUUCCGUGCGGAUCAUGAUCAAUUAGUUGCUAGAAAAGUAAAAAGUAAAGAGUUGGCGGAUAAAUUAUUGUUGAGUAUGCAAACUUUUUGAAAACAUGAAUGUUUUCCUAUAUAGAAUAUUUUCUGAUUACUAUUACAUUUUGCUAAUUAAAUAAGUUAAAAACACACACAUUAUAUGAAAUUUUUUUUCAAACUCUAAACAAAUAUGAACAAUAAUAAUGAUCUAAAUUUCUUAAAAAGAUACUAAGUCAAAAAGAUUGAAUCUCUGAAAUCGAAAACAACUCGUUAUUAAGAUAUCUCCGAAUAAAAGUAAGAAUAACAUUAUUAUUAUUAUUAUUAUUAUUGUUAUAUCAACUGAUGAAAUUUUAUUACCAACUUUUUAAACCAAACUUUUAACGAAUUUCACCUAUUAAAAUCUCCAUACGAUACACAAUCGCUGAAAUCCGAACCUAACCUCCAAAAACCCUUAAACGGAAGAACCAAGACUCGUGGCCUCGGCCUUCGACGACCCAUUGCCCGCAGAAGACAAUCUAUCCGGAGAAAUCGUGAUGAUAGUGGGGGAUGAUAUUAGAGGGAUGGAAGUGGCAGGAGAGGUAAGUUGGAACGGGGCUGCGGAGUUCCUUCAUGCGGCGAACGGACCGCACGAGGCUGCGCCGACGCACGAUAUCCCAUUUCGACUACGUUUGCGCGUUGUGCACUCUUCUACGGGGUGCGUCCGUGCCGGCGACGCUGUUCAUGGACGGCAGACAGUUUCCACGGCACUCGACGAACGCCGUUCAGUCGUAGCGAAAAUACAAUUCCAUUCGACCUAUAGAAUCGCGUCGAUAUCGGGUUCGCGAUAAGAUCAACUGAUUGGAUUCAACCGAUCGUCGAAUUUCCCCCGCGAAAACGCGAGAAUAAAAGCUUCAUCGUGGGUCGAACAUGCGACCAUCAUUGGCAGAGGAUGCUGCGAGCAGCGUGCAACAACGUGGCAAGCUUCUGAAAUCAGUUUUUUAACGAGGAAACUACGUUGGAUCUCCCUUGGCUCUCCCCGGAUCUCCCCGUCUCUCCCUGGCUCUCCCCACUUGCACGGACAUACGGAAAUGAUUCUUCAAGAAAUUUCGCAUCUUUUACAGUGUGGCUCGUGUAUAUUAACGAGAAAUACGAGUUUGGUGAAGUAGAUGAUUGUUUGGGGAUGGAUCUCUCCGAUUGAAUCGACCGCUUGACGUCGCGAGAUGAGUAACAGAUGACAGGGUCGUGUUCGUGGAUCAAUGUAAACGACAAACAGGCUCCGGGCUCCUCGAUCGCAUCUGAGAGGAGGUGGCGAAGGGCGAAGUCGUUGCAAGGUAGAUUGUUGAUCGACUGUAUAUUGAAAGGGACGAAAAAAUCCGAAUAUCGCGAAAAACAUAGAUGAGAAACAAAAAACGAGAAAUGUUUUCGUAUUUAGAAACGGAAUGUUCUAUCUGAGAAGAGAAUUUUUCAAAUAAUUCCGAAUUCUCCAAAGAUUUCCGUCCAAAGACAAAGGAAGGACGGAAAAGACGGAUAAUAAAAGGUCCUGAUUCGACUUUUCGCAAGAUCGCUGACUAGUAAAAAGGAAAACGAA